AUGAAAUCAUAUUCAAAAGUUAGGUUCUCAAAAAGACCUAAAUCUAACCAAAAAAGUAAACCAGUUCCGGUAACACAAGAUGAUUAUUAUUUAGAGGCCAUUGAAUUCGAAGAACAGGCAGAAAGAUGGCUGUUUUCAGAUAUAAAAAAAACUUUAAGGUUUUAUAUGAAAGCUUUCGAAAUGUAUGAACUUGGUUUAACUGCACCACAAUCAACCGAUAAGUGUACUUAUAAUAUCUUAUAUAACGAAACAAGGCUAUUAUUGCAGUUGUAUUCAGACUACAUGGCUAACAAUGGAUACAUUAAUGUUUUGCAAUACAUAAAUUUGGAUGAUAUUCCUGGUGUAGAAAAUAUUUUAAAACCAAUCAAUGAGAUUAUUGAAAGAUUUGAAACGGCCUUGCAAAAUUAUAGGUCGAUGGAUACUUGGGAUUUACAGUCAAAUUUGUUGACUUCUUACCUGUUUUUGAUAGAAGAUCAUGAUAAAUACGGUUUGAAUGGUGGGCAGAUUGUGGAUUUAACAAAUAAAUUCUUCACUCUGUCACAUGAAUUGGUUCUUCAUCAGCUUGAAAGCAUAGAUAAUGGAGGAAAUAUUAUGGAGUACGAUAAAGUUUUAAAUGACGAAGAUUUUAAUGCUUUUGAAUCAAUAAAUGGUGAUAUAUCAGAAAUGGAGUCGAGGGACGGUUUUGGAAUCAAAAUAAAUAAAGAUCAUUCUUAUAUAAAAGACUUAGUGGAGGUAUCAGAUGAGAUUACACCAGAAUCAUUAACCGAUGUAAUCAUUAUGUGUCUGAAAUUUAAUCAAGCUCUGUUAGAAAUUAUGGUAGAGACUAAACUUGAAACUGGUGAUCAAUUACUAAACGUUAUCCAAUUGAAUUAUCUAGAGGAUAUAACUAGUAAACAAUUAUGUAGGGUAAGCGAUAUUAUCGAGUCUCAUAAAGCAAUUUUGAAUUGUAAAAUUAGUGAUAUUAAUUUAGCUAUGUAUGCAGUUAAAGGAAUACAAAUAUUUUAUUCAGAUCCAGAUGUCAAAAAUUUAACUACAUAUUUGGAAGCAAACCCAGACCCCCGUAUUGAUUUGGUUGAUCUUUACUUGGUGAAAAUCGAUAUCUUUGGAUUAGCUAUUGAUUACAUCCGCGAAGAGUUUUUUGAUAUGAAAUGGGACUUUUGUACCCAAUUAAAUCAUCUAUUAACUAGUACAAGAAAUGAAUUAAGUUAUAAGCGCAAAAACAUAAUGGCUUCUCACAAUCAAAUUGAAUUUGCUAACUUAAGUAAUGUUGUAUUUCAAUUAUGUGAUGUUACAAUUACUGCAGCUUCUAAUGAAUUAAGAAGAUAUGAUAUCAGGGUCAAGAAAAAUGGUUCUACUGCAACUGUGGAUAAUGUGCAAUCAAUAUUACUAAAAAAUGCAAAAACAUUAUUAACCAAUGCACAGAUUAUCUCAGAGAAAUCAUGUGGGAUGCAAGAGACUAUCGUGGAUAAAUUAAAAAGAAAUUACAUUUACAAUGAAGCUAAAAACAAGCUUGCAUUGUUAGUAUCAAAUGAAGAAUUAUCUUAA